CCGGCCCGGCCCGGCCUGGGGGGGUCUCACUGCAGCCCGUGCCCCCCGUGAGCCUUGGCCUGCCCGUGGCCGUGCCCGGCGCUUGUGCCCUUCAGGCUUGUCCUGCUGUUCCCCGCCUGCAGGGCUCGAGGGCUGCCGCUGGGCAUGACGCGCCGGGGAAAACCUGUCUGGCCCUGGAGACUUUUUCCAGCCCCCCAAAGUAGCAAGGCGGCGGGUGUGGGGGGAAAUCCGGGGGAGUGCUGAGCGCGGGGCGGAGGAGCAGUGGCAAGAGCAGAGGAUCCUCACCCUGGGGGUCCUGGGGAUGGUGCAGCUUGUGUCCAUGGUGUGGCGCAAGCUGCUGAGGAAGCGUUGGGUGCUGGGCAUUGUAUUUGGACUUUCCCUCAUCUACUUUCUUACCAGCACCUUCAAGCAGGAAGAAAGGUCAGUACGAGAUCGAAACCUCCUUCAGGUACAGGACCAUGAGCAGCCCAUUGUAUGGAAGGUGCAGUUCAGCUUGGGAAACAGCAGUCAGCUGAGUAACCAGUGCAGGAAUUCUGUCCAAGGGAAGCUCCUCAUUACAGAUGAACUGGGCUACAUCUGUGAAAGGAAAGACCUGUUGGUGAAUGGCUGUUGUAAUGUCAACGUGCCUCACACAAAACUGUACAGCUGUUACAGCUGCCUGCCCAACGGCUGCUGCAGUGUGUAUGAAUACUGCGUCUCCUGCUGCCUGCAGCCUAACAAGCAACAUCUUCUUGAGCGUUUCUUGAACCGGGCAGCUAUAGCUUUCCAGAACCUCUUCAUGGCUGUGGAAGAUCACUUUGAGUUGUGUCUGGCCAAAUGCAGGACUUCAUCACAGAGUGUGCAGCAUGAAAACACCUAUAGAGACCCCAUUGCAAAAUAUUGCUACGGAGAGUAUCCCCCGGAGCUCCUGCCUGUUUGAAAACUGUGCAUCUGAAACAUCAAGGAAGAAACUGGGAAUUAGAGUCUGGAACAGCAAGGGAACAGCUGCUGCACAAGAGCUUCAGCUUAAACUCUCUUCUUGGCAUUCCCAAAGACAAAAAACACUGUUCAGCCAAAGCAAGGGACUUGCUUUGUGGAGUAAAUUUCACUUUCUUAGAUUCAAGAACACUACGUACCUGCAAAGAAAGGUGGAGAGGUGUGAGGGAAUCCCUUGAAAAGCUAGUCUUAAUGGAAUAGCUACCAUUUACGAUGCAAACAGUGGCUUAAGUGUACAAAGCCACUUGGAUAAGAACAUAAUAAAGCCUUGCAUCUAUAUGUAGUAGAGGUUAAAGUAUUUCUCUGCAGACCAUGGACUUUCAGAUUGACAGUUCUAGUUAUGAAGAGGGAUUUUUGCUCUUAAAGGGUAAAGAAUGCCUAUUGAGCUUGUCUCCCUCGAGGACUUUUCAGCAUCCAUGGUGCACAAUUUAUAUGUAAUUAUGAAUUAUUUAUUGGGUUUAUAUGGAUUAGUAGCUGAAAGUAUUGAUGUUUCAUGUAGUCAGUGCCUGACGCCUUUCAGUCCCUGGUUUGCUGUGUCUUGGCAAAGAGGCAUUUUCAUCUUGACCAAAAUUGAGGAAAAAGGAAUGAACACCGUUUUGUUCUGGUGCCCAACAUAGCCACAUUUGUGUUCUUGUCAAGCAGAUUAGAUUGGCAGAGCAAGGACCCAAGUUGUGGUCAUUGUGUCUUCAGCUGCCCAGCUUAGAGGAAAACUGGUUAGUAUGGGGUAUAUUUGUGUGCGGUUGUAAAUGCCAUCUUAGUUACUGGUCUUGUUCCUGCAGUGUAACCCUGGGUGGUCCAACUCUAACUUAGUUGCAUCUCCUUGCUUAAAAUGCUAAGAUUUUUAUGGGUUGAACUUCUGCAUGUUUCCUUAGUUCCAAUAUGCCACUCCAGGCCAUGUAGGGGGAGGAAGCCAAAGCGCCGAGGUGUUCUGAGAUCCUAAAUUAACAUUAUCUUGGUAGACUAAGUAAUGAUGCUAAAACAUCAGGGUACAUGUCUCCAGCCUUGCUCUGAAGAAAGGCUAACAGCCAGUCUCGUAAUAGUUUUAUUAGAAGCUUAUUAAUGAUAUUCCAGCACAAAAUUUUGAUCUAGAAGAUCAGAUGACUUUCUGGUCUGAAAUUUCAGCCUAAUUUCGGUGAUGACUGAAUGUUAAUCUCUCGUUCUAAUAUGUAUGCAGGAAUAGUUUGCACAAAAAGGAUUUGAAAACCUUUCUGUAUGCUGAGUCACUAUACUUUUCCUGAAAAAUCAGACUCCUAGCACUGGGCAGAACCAGACAGUUCUUUUUAUAUGAUACCUCAUUCUUACUUUUUGCUGACAUCUGGGCAUGUUGUGCAUUUCCAUCAUUUUGACUGUGCUUAUUUAUUUCAAUCAGUACCUCUUUUCCCUCUUGGAUUAAAGCAAUCAACACAAGUGUGAACUUUAGAACUAUACGGUGGGGUAGCUAAUGACAUUGUAAUAGUAUAAAGAAUAUUUUAACAGGGUAUUUUGUUGUUCUUAUAGCUAAACUGCAUGUGGUAUAUGAGAGAAUAAAAACGUUACCUGCCAUCUCA